AUGGAGUAUGGCAUUGUCAAAAGAGGAUUAGAAAUGUACUUUCGUAGAACUGGUUUUCUUUUUGAUACACCUGGUUACCGUGCUGUGUUUACCAGAGAUCGCUUCCUGGCGAUAUGGAAGUUUAUUCAUUAUGUAGAUGACAGGAAUCCACUUGCUGACAAAACUGAUAAACUAUACAAUGUACGUCCUCUCUUAGACCAACUCAUUGAUAAAUUUCAUACAUAUUAUGUUCCGCACCAGCAGAUGUCACUCGAUGAAGGAAUGAUUCCGGCCAAGAAUCGAACUGCGAUGAAACACUGCAUCCAGAGUAAGCCAGUGAAAUGGGGAAUCAAAUCAUUUCUCUUGUGUGAAAGUCAAACUGGCUAUAUUUAUAAUAUAGAAGUUUACACUGGAAAAACUGCAGGCCAGUUGGUACCACAACUUUGUGCUACUGGUAAUUUAGUAAUGAAACUCACCUCAUGCAUUGCAGGACAAAACUACCAGUUGUUCAUGGAUGGUUUCUACAAUUCACCGGAUUUAUCACGGCAUCUGCUGAAAAUGAAUAUUGAAACAUGUGGACCAGUACAAGUCAAUAGAAAAGACUUUCCCAGACAGUUGAUUCGUCAACAGAAAGAGAUGAAGCGGGGGGAUUACGAUUACCUGAGCUGUAGUGGAGUGACGGUUGUUGUGUGGUGUGAUCGAGCUCCAUUGUAUUUCAUUACAACAUUUCAUAAUCUGAGUGUGGUGACUUUUGUUAAUCGCAGGAAUAAAGAUGGCAGUGUUGUUCAGGUGUCUUGCCCACAAGUUGUCACUGAUUACACAAAGGAAAUUGGUGGCUGUGAUAGAAAUGACCAACUGACAAAAUUGUGUCGGAGCAGAAAGCGCUACAGGUGGCCGCGUCGUUUGAUUAUGAACUGCAUACUGUGGAGUUGCUACAAUGCAUAUGUCAUUCGCGGACACUUCAAGCCUCACAAAACACAAGGAAAGCGACAGAAUACAUUUUACGACUUUGUCGACGAACUGUGUAUGUCAUUGAUUGGUGAUGUCCGAAGCCCUGCCGUUCAGCGUCAACGUUCUGUGCAGGGAUCCGUCGAGACGAGACUGUUGAAUGUCGGAGACCACCAUCCAGAAAGACCGGAUGAGGCCACUGGCAAUAACCGAUGUGCUGUUUGUCGUGAAAAGGCAAAAAGAUUUCAGUUGGCAAACCCAAGAGCUGUGCCAAAGGGUAACCCCUUCAAAAAAAGCAGAACGGCGUUCCGAUGUUCAUCGUGUUUGACCUACUUAUGUAUCAGACAAGGCAGCAGCUGUUGGAGAGACUACCACACUAAAACAGAAUACUGGAGUUAA